AUGGACGACCGCUCAAGGAAUCGAAGAAAGGUUUUCGCAUUUGUUGUCGAGGCUGGAAUCAAAUUAGAAGCGAAAAAUUCAACGAUAUGUACUGCUGCAGUUUUAACAUAUAGGACACUAAGGAAGAGUGGUGCUUCUGAACUGUGUCCUUACACGAUUGCUUCAGCAUGUCUUCUGUUGGCAGCUAAAAUAGAAGAAGAUGAGAUGGUAAAAACAAGAGAUGUUGUGAAUGUUGCUUACAGCAUACUACAUCCCUGUGCACCGAUCCUACAAAUCGAUGACGAGUCGUGGGCAUUACGAACGAGUCUUUCACGAAUGGAAUAUAUUGUGCUACGAUUAUUAAAAUUUCGUUUAGCUGUGGAAAAUCCUCAUAAGUAUUUGCUUCAUUAUAUCUCCUCACUGAUGCAUUGGUGCCCGCACGAAUUUACAAGAUUUCACAUUGGUGCUAUAUCAUUUAUUAUAUUGCGUGAUGCACAUGUGGAUCCAUACUGGGUGCUGUCACAUAGUCCGCAAACCAUUGCCAUUGUUUGUCUUGCAGUUGCACUUCGUAUUGCCAAGGUUUCCAUUGGUGUUCGAUGGUAUUCCAUCUUCUACUCUUCAAUGACAAAAUCGAAAUUACGACGUCUGGAAGAUGAGCUGGUGACAUUGGUAUUGAAACGAUAA